UUGAGUCCAGUCGCCCUGAAGUCACUGUCUCUGCUUUGGAUUAAUAAAGAAAAUGUCCAGCAGCCACAGACUCCUGGUGAACAAUGCCCGACAGGUGGUUGUGAUCUGCAGCAGUGGAGAGAAAUACCUGACGGAACAUGGGAUGAAGAAUCUGUGUGUGAUAGAAAAUGGAAGCGUGGUCGUCGGGAGGGACGGACUGAUUGAAGCUGUGGGACCUGCAGACGCCAUCAGAGCUCGGUAUUCAGAGGCAACGUUUGAUAAAGUCAUCGAGGCUUCAGGAAUGUGCGUCAUGCCUGGUUUGGUUGAUGCUCACACUCAUCCUGUCUGGGCUGGCGACAGGGUCCAUGAAUUUGCGAUGAAGCUGGCAGGUGCCACCUACAUGGACGUGCACCGAGCCGGCGGAGGGAUCCACUUCACCGUGGAGCACACCCGAGCCGCCGCGCCCUCCGACCUCCUGGCCUCCCUCAGCAGCAGGCUGGUACGGAUGCAGCGAGCAGGCACCACCCUGGUGGAGUGUAAGAGCGGCUACGGUCUGGAGCUGCAGACCGAGCUCAAGAUGCUGGAGGUGAUCGAGGAGGCCAGACGCACGCUGCCCAUCAACAUCUCCUCAACCUACUGUGGAGCUCACGCUGUGCCCAAAGGGAAGACGGUCGCAGAGGCCACAGACGACAUCCUGCAGGUUCAGCUGCCUCGGCUGAAAGAAGAGAUGUCAGCUGGGAACCUCCGAGUCGACAACAUCGACGUGUUCUGUGAGCAGGGAGUGUUUGACCUCGGCUCCACUCGCUCCAUUCUGCAGGCGGGAAAAGAAAUGGGCCUCAACAUCAACUUCCACGGUGAUGAGCUCCAUCCAAUGAACUCUGCUCAGUUGGGCGCAGAGCUUAGAGCCUUAGCCAUCAGUCACCUGGAGGAGGUCACAAACGAAGGGAUUAACGCGAUGGCUGAAGCAAAAACCGCUGCAGUCCUUCUACCGACCACAGCUUACAUUCUGCGGCUGCCGCAGCCUCGGGCCAGAGACAUGUUGGACGCUGGAGUUAUCGUCGCCCUCGGCAGCGACUUCAACCCCAACGCCUACUGCUGCUCCAUGCCCAUCGUCAUGCACCUGGCCUGCGUCAAUAUGAAGAUGUCCAUGCCUGAAGCUCUGGCUGCAGCCACCAUUAACGCUGCCUACGCCCUCGGACGCUCCCACACACACGGCUCCCUGGAGGUCAACAAGCACGGAGACCUGCUGGUCCUCAACACGUCACGUUUAACUUCAGUUGCGCUCCUCCGCUCCUUCACUGGUUACCAGUGGCUGCCUGCAUCCAUUUCAAAACACUAGUACUUGUGUACCGUGAUGUGAACGGAUCAGAUCCAGUCUACAUCCAGGACGUGGUCACACCUUACCCCCCCAGCCCGUCCAC